CUAUAAAACGAACCACACCGCUUCACUAACCAGAGCUACUGUUUCCGUCUUAAUAACUGCUUCUUUCGACCGAAUUUAACCGUUGCUGGGGACUGUAUUCGUUGGCAAGGUCUCCUAACAGUUCUAACACCCCUCUUUGGAUUUUUGUGUUCUUUUUUACUGGCGUGAUGCAAGCCAUAAAGUGUGUUGUAGUUGGAGAUGGUGCUGUGGGUAAGACUUGUCUUCUCAUCAGUUAUACAACCAAUGCUUUCCCUGGAGAAUAUAUCCCAACUGUGUUUGAUAACUAUUCAGCAAAUGUAAUGGUAGAUGGCAAACCCAUUAAUCUUGGUCUUUGGGAUACUGCAGGACAAGAAGAUUAUGACAGACUAAGACCAUUAUCGUAUCCUCAAACAGAUGUGUUCCUUAUUUGCUUCUCACUUAUUAGUCCAGCUUCAUAUGAAAAUGUUAGAGCAAAGUGGUACCCUGAAGUGAGCCACCAUUGUCCAAAUACACCAAUCGUCCUUGUAGGAACCAAACUUGAUCUUCGUGAUGAUAAGGAAACUAUAGAGAAGCUAAGAGAAAAGAAGCUAAACCCUCUAACCUACCCACAAGGAUUAAACAUGGCAAAAGAAAUUGGUGCAGUCAAGUACCUGGAAUGUUCAGCAUUGACUCAGAAAGGACUUAAAACAGUAUUCGAUGAGGCUAUCCGAGCAGUAUUAUGUCCAACCAAACCAACAAAAAAGAAACCUAAAAUAUGUACUGUUCUAUGAUCACUUAAUUUCUUGAUUGCAAGUCAUCAUUAAGUAACUACUUUAAUGGUACAAUGUAAGUAUUUGUUAGCAGUCUUGUUUGUUCUACAACAAGUGUUUUCUACAUUGAGCAAUUUCUUAGAUAUGACAAAACAAAAUAGGUGCUGGUUCAUUAUCAGCACAACAAAAUAACACAAACAAUAUUGAUUACCUUCAUACAUUUUUCGCCAAAAGCUGAGAUUACUUUGAGAAGUUCACAUAUCAUAGAUAAUGUUCUUGUAUUUGAAAUGAUAUAUAUUUUGAAAAAGUGAUUUUAAAACUAAUAAGCAGCAUUUCUUCUAAAGUGAAUUAAUAUUGAUUUUAAAAAUGAAUAAAUUUUCAGAGAAUUUCCAAAUGUUCUACUGGUUGCUUAAUGUAAAAGUCAUUUAUAAUUUCACCAUAAGUAAAAAUAGCAAAUUAAGAUAUCAAAUUCAUUCUGUAAAUGGAAAGCCAAGCAAAUUAUUUUUCCUUCUUUUUUCUUUGUGUACACCAAAACGUUAGCAAAAAAACAUUUGUGUACUUUGUUGUAUUUCCUUGAUAUUGCAUUAGAUUUUAAAGUGUGUUGGUUGCAUUUUGUGAAAUGCAACCAUAAUCUCAUAAAACAAAUCUAUGAUUUAUUGAAGAAUAAAUUGGCUUGUGACUCAUUGCAUUUAAGAUUCUCCAACACCAUUUUGACUGUGUUUGGCAUUGAAUUUAUCUUAUCAGUUGAAUCCAGAGAACGCACAUAAAAAUUAACCACAUCUUGAAGUACUGUACUGCUAAAAAUCACUUGAUAUUAUAGUUCACAAAUUUAAAGCAAUAUCACAGUUUGGGAUUUUAUUAUUUGAUUGCUAUGACAAAGACAUUCAGAACUCAUCAGCCAGCUAUUUUUUCACUAGUUUACUUUAAAAUUAAGUGACUGUAAGCUUGUUUUCACUUUGGUUAGAUGAUUACCCAUUUAUUUCUCUCCAAAAUCUAUAAUGGGAAUCGUAAGAUCAAAAGUGAUAACAUUUAAGCUAAGUAAGCUCUUUUGCAUUUAUUAAGGCAGUUCUUAGUUUGAAUUUGAUGGAGAUUAGCAUAAAAGUACCAAAGAAAAAUAUUCUUCAAUUUGCCAUCCUUCUCUCUUUGAAAGUAUACGUGAUAUGUAAAAACAUUUUGUUUUAUUAUGCAUUGCAAGUAGAAAUUAUGAAAUAUUGAUCAUGAUACCUCCCAAAGAUUUAGCUAACGCCUCUAUUGCUUUGUAGCAACUUGGAAGAGACCACUUUCAAUGCAAAAUCAUUGUUGUCAAAAUGAUGAAACAAAAUUGCCAUCAGUUUUGCUCCCAAAUUUUCCAUCGUUUUGAAAAAUAUUUUUUCUGUAAUUUGUUGUAUUUUAACUACUUAACUCAAAUAACUAGAGGUGGUUCCUCAGACUUAAGAUGUGAUUCUGUACAUUUCUUACAAAUCCUUAUUUAGUUCUAUUAGACUCGGUUAAAAAAGAGGAAGUUUUGAAGCAUGACUGUAAAAUUACAUAACUUCUGGCAUGGUUAGAAAAUUGACUACAUUCUUCAAGGUCAUUGCUCAGCCAAUGAAAAUGCCCAGAACAAGUGAUGUAACUUUUCCAGUCAUGCUAUAAAAUUUGCUCUUUGCAAUAGUUAAAUUGUUAUUGAUUGUGAUGGGUAUGGAAUUUCUUCAAUAGUGGCUUUGCACCAUCAUUUGAUGGCAGCCAUGACAGUAGGCACAAUAAUAGUCUUUUUUCACUGGUAAACUGAAUUCUUUCCCAUGUAAAUCAGAUUCAAUUGUUCCUGCCUCUCGUUGUGGCUGCCAUCAUGUGAUGGUGCAAAGCCUCUAUGGUAUACGGUGUACAGCUUUGUAAUCCAUAGAUGUAAUUCAUGGACAAAUAUUGAUGUAGUGCAUUGUUGGAGCUCAAAUAUAUUUUUAUUAUAAACAA